AAUCCAUUAUGUAAAGCUGUGACAGCAUUUCUUAUUUCAGUCUUCAACUGACCCAGUUUGAUCUAUUACCCUAAGAAUUAUGUUGCUGCUUCAAACAAGCAUCAGGCCUUGAAGUAGAGUAAACCAGCAUUGAUAGAGUCAUGAAAUUUGGAACUGUAGUCCUCAUGUCUCUCUCCUGUGAUAAAGCAGUGAGGGACCAAAAUUUUCCAUCAGACAUACCAUGUUGCAAAUAAUUAUUUGGUAUACAAAAUAAUGAAUUCAAUGAAUAAUGAAUGCUACUUUAAGAUUAUAGGCAAAGGAGAUGGCCCAUUUGCAAUUCCACUGUUUUUUGUGUCCUGUUCUGCCUAAAAGAGUAGUCUCAGCAGCAUUGCUUCCAUAUACCCUUAGACUGACAAAAGGAGAGCUCAUCCCAUUAACAACAUGAGUGUUUCUAGAUUUGCUCCUCUGAGAAGGUGACAGCCAUCCUCAUUGCAAAAACAUCAAUGCUUCUCAAUAACAGAAUAAUGCUUAUUUGUAAUCCUUUGUGCAUGUCUCUUCAGAUGCUUUCAAAUGCAAAAAUACCUCCAGCUGCUCCACCUAGCCUAUUUUCACCACUUUAUAGUAAGGGAUGUCCUAUAGUCAUGAGUAGUGUCAGGAAUAAGAAUAUCCAGGCUUGAAUCCAGUCCUCCAGCAUAAUUGCUAGAUCAGUUUUUCUUAAGCACUAAGCAAGGAUCCAGGGGAACUGGAGAGCAUCAUAUAAAAUAACUUGAGCAAGAGCUGUUGAAAAGCAAAACCACCCAGCCUCUCCCCUCUCCCUUUUCUCAUCUGAGCACUCCCUGCCCUCCUCAAGCUACGUACAAACCACAUCUAUGCCUGUUUCACCAUGCAGCCCUUUACAACCGUGUAAUGGGCCCACUUUGAGUGAGCAGUCACUACCGGGAGAGGGAGUGAAGGCUACCCCUCACACAUGGGGCCCUGAGGUGGUGGUGCUGGUGAAGGACUUGUUGAGGUGGUGGUGAAGGACUUGUGGUGGUGAGGGAGUUGUGGUGAUGAAAGACUUGUGGUGGUGGUGAAGGAGUUGUGGUGGUGAAGGACUUAUGGUGGUGAAAGAGUUGUGGCGGUGAAUGAGUUGUGGUGGUAGUGAAGGACUUGUGAUUAAAGGGUGGUGGUGAAGGAAUUGUGGUGGUGAAGGGCUUGUGGUGGUAGUGAAGGAGUUGUGGUGGUGAAGGACUUGUAGUGGUGAAGGAGUUGUAGUGGCAGUGAAGGACUUGUGGUGAUUAAAGACUUGUGGUGCUGAAGGAGUUGUGAUGAAGGAGGUGUGGCGGAGAAGGGCUUGUGGUGGUAAAGGACUUGAGGUUGUAGUUGAAGACUUGUGGUGGCAGUGAAGGACUCAGGGCGGCGGUGCCGGCACUGAAUGUCACCCAGCACUCUCCACCCCCCCGCGCCCACGUCACUCCGCCAGAGGCAUGUCCCCGCCGCCAGGCCCGCCCCUGUCGCUGCCGGUCGCCACGGUAACCGCUCACGGCGCGACCCUCUGUACACGCUGUCGAGUGAGAAGGACCAUUCAAAGGCAAAUAUCCAACUUGUCAGUGAUAAAUUGGUAAAGGUACCAAUUUUCACAAGUAUGUUUAGUAGCUUGAUCCAUUUCCCGGGCUACAGUCUGUGCUUGGACGGCAAAGAUCCAGUGCCUCCAUUCAUUGACCGAAGAUGGAGAGGGAGGGCUCAGCAGCGCCUGGAGGCUCUUCAGCAGCUUGCUGUAGGUCAACCUUCUCUUCAGAUACCCCAAAUCGUGUAUGAAGAUCCUGAAGUCAGUGGAAGGAAUCGUUACAAAUAUUUUGCACGACCUCUCAUCCCUUCUAAUAAGUUGCUUCCACCAAACGUUUGUUUUGCAAUGGAAAUGACAGAGCCCUUUAUCCUUUCAGCUACAAGAGACAGCAAGAUCUUUGGUCCCAAGUUACGAACUUUGGGCACACAGACAGAUUACAGGGAUGGUGAAGCCCAAACGGAUCCCUAUUCCCCUGAAUAUGUAGUUCCCAGUGGCUCAGUCCCUGAACUUCUGACACUUGCUACUCUCACUUGGGGUCGGGGGCUACCAGCAGGACUAGCCGAGGUGGAGAUGAUUGAACGUGCCCGGGAAAAACGUGCGUGGGAAGCAACUCUUCCAGCCAUGGACAAUGCCUCACAAAUUGCGAAGAGGAGGAAAAUGAUGGAUGAUAUGGAGAGGAAGGAGUGGGCCUUUAGAGAACAGGAAAUAGAAAAGUUGCAGGAGAUUCGACUGAGAGUCUUAAAGAAGCUGCUGCAGAGGCUACAGGAGAAACAGAAUGAGCUAGAUGCCAAGCGCUUGGAUGACCACUGGCAAAAUCAUCAGAAGGCUAAAAAAGAGAAAAUGAAAAAGAUUCAGCAUGACUUUGUACUGAUGCUCAGGAAACUGAUAGCUAAGAGGAAGAAUGUGAUGGGGAAACUGGAGAGACGAGAUAUCAUCAAAGAGUAUACUGACUUUGCAUCGCAAACAUAUGCUCCUUUAUCUAGGAUUGGUUAUUUCCCAGACAACCAUUCUGAACGCUUUGUUGUAAAAAACUUCUAUCUUAACACCUUUGCAGGACUGUGUGAACUGGAAGCAGCUCUCCCACAUUCUGUCACCCAGGCUGAGAUUAAAGCUCCAAAGCCUAAGUACACUACUACUAAGACUGGAUUUAUUAAAAGAUCAGCAAGACUAGAGGUGGCGCUGGCACAGGUUCACCAGGCACUAUUGGAGAAGAAGAAUAAAGUCAGAGAGCCAAAGAAGCCCCCUCAUUUCCUUCAAAAAAUAGAAAAGCCUGUUCCUCGCCCCCCCACUCCAGUUCUGGAAAAACCAUCAGUUAAGGAAGAGGAAAUAGAACUGGCAGUGAUCUGUCUGCAGAAGUUGCUCCGAGGAAGGGCUAUUCAGAACUUGAUGUUUGAAGAGAAGGAGAAGCGGAUGGAACUGAUCCGAGAGCUGCGCACCACUCACGCACUCCAGGAAGAUGGACAGCUGCUUCUGAAAGCAGAGGAGCAAAUGACACGGGCCUUACAGCAACAGCGUGACUUGCAAAUGCAUGAGCUGUCAUCAAUGGAAAGCCGCUUGGCCCAGGAAGAAGGAAGGGCACUGGCAAACAUGUUUGAUUUCCUGUCCAAGGAGCUGUUGAGGCUGCAGGAAGAGCGGAAGAUCCACGCUUUUGUCAUGCUGGCUGAGAGGCAGAGGCGGAUGCGGGAGGCGGAAGAGAGCGGACGCCGUCAGGUGGAAGAGAGGCGUCAGCAGGAGGAAGAUGAGAUUUUCAGACAGGUGGUGAAGGUGCAGCAGAGCACUAUUGACUCCUACUUGGAAGACAUUAUCCUGAGUACCAUGGAGAACACAGCUGAAGAACAAGCCAGGGAAGAGAUUCAGAGAAUGGCCGUAGAAAUCAAUGACAUUGCUUAUGAAAUGGAAAGUUGUCGAACUCACCUACAGUCAGAAGAGAUUGUAGCAGAGCUGGUUUAUGCUUUCCUGAUCCCGGAGAUUGAGAAAACCUCUAUCAGAGAAAAAGUGAGGCAGUCCCAAAGAAAGCACAUCUAUGCUGCUCAUCAGAUAAUCCACAGAAGCACAGAAGAGUUAUUGGCUGAUCCAGCACUACAUCAGGAGACGUCUGCCAGCAGGAUAGAGGGAGAUCCUCCAGCUGGGACAGGUGGUGGUCUGAGCCCUUCUGAUGGGCUGGAUGGCACAGCCUCCUAGAGACACAAGCAAGGAACCAGAACAACCCUGGGGAGGAGCCCAGAUCCGAAACAAACACAGCAGAUGCCUCCAGGGCUGCACCAAUAAAGUGGAAACACUGGGGACAUUCUGCUCGUCCUGCUUUUCUUUCAGCAGCUGCCCACCGGGAGCCUGCCUGCUUCUGCAUCCUGACAGGUGUGGGAGCCCGGCUGAACCGAGGGGGAGCGGGCAAAACGCAGCCUCUGGGGUCAGCUCGCAGGGGGCUGAGAAUGGCUAAAAAUCGGUCUCUUUGGAGUAAAAGAAUGAAUGCAGGUUGGCUCAGGUCUUCCCUGCUGAUACGGCUCUUGCCAUGCGGAAUGAGGAGAUCCUUUUGCAGUAACUGCAGUUCUGACCAGCAAAAAGGACUAUUCAUAGGAUAACGUGAAGCCAGCACACCUUUUUCCCCAGACACAUACUAUCUCUUCAUUUUUGUCAGCGUAGAGACACAACAAACCCCUACUCCUCUCUCUCUCCUGCCUCCUUUAAAAGCAACACGACCAUCACAAAGUUGCUGCUGUUAAAAGAGCGUGCUCCUGCCACUCUCUGAGCACUGCUGUUUUCUCGGCUCCUGGUCUCACAAUCACUCAGGCUUUACAUGCUGCAUUAUUGGGCUCAGUUCAGCCCUCUCACAACUGGGGGAAGCAUAACCCUACGAGUGUGCUCCUCCCAUGCCAAAGGGUUUUAGCAAGGUCCAAGUGUGCUGUUAUCACUAACCCCUCCUCCCCGUCCUGUCUCCCUCCUUCAGCCCAAACCCUGCUCACGCAGCACUCCCUGCGCUGUCCUGAGCGGUGUCGGUAUCUGCUCAGCAUCCGCCAGCUUCCUCACGUUGGCGCCUCCAGAGCCGGCUCCGGGCUUGGAAGAAGAGCUGUGGGUUCAUACCUGUGCACUCCACCCCACCAGGGAUGCAGGAAUUGUUUUGCCGUAAAUGCUAGCUUCCUGGGACAAGGCGUACAGCCAGACUAGUAAAGUCAAUCUGCCUGGGACCACUCUUCAGUGCUGAAACCAGUAGGCACACAGCAGCCUGAAGGGGCGCUUCUCCCCUGCCUUCUGAAACAGAGAGGCUGCACAUGAAAUGCCAACGGGCAUUAAAUAAAAAAAAUAAAUAAUUAAAUUUUAUAAAAAUAAAAUCUCGAAAUAAAAUCUCAGGGGUCCGGUGGGAAGCGUUCAUGCUGAAGCCUAGGGAGGAGAGGCCGCUGCAUGGCCCAGCCCUCGUCCUGCCACCCGGGACUCAACACAUCCAGUUCUGCUGACUUUCACAGUACGCUGCUCUCCUGGCCCGUCCUGGAGCUCCCUGGUCAGUGCUGGGUGCGGGGAUGCUCGUCCUCGUCCUCGGGGUGGAGGCAGGAAGCGCGGGGAGCUCCCUGCACUGCCAAUUGCACCGAGCUAACUGCAGCUGCGCAGCAAGGAGCCGGUGCUGUUGCUCCUGGUGACAACGUCAGCUCUGAGCGUGAACAACACCGGUGCUCUGAAUACAGAUGCAGUGAGAGGCUUGAAAUAUUUAAUCAGUGCUUCUGCAUUCCUAAAUGGUGAGAGCACCCACCCUUCCUCUCUCCUAAAUAUCCCAUUUGGCCAGCGUCUUCUCACUCACCACUUUACCUCUCUAGCAUUUGGAAAGCAGCAGCUCUCACAGCAUUGUGGAGCUGCAUUCACUCCUCUCUCCUUAACUUGCUGCAGGACUGAUCUAACAAUGAAUCUCUCUUUUUUUUUUUUUUCCCUCUAUGAGUCAGUAAUAGCCAGCACUUGUAAUUAAAGCCUUUUGCAAAAACCAUGCUGGUCCCUCACCUAUCAAAUCCACCAGCCCACGUAAUUUUCCC